AUGAAUGAAUGCUACUAUGACAAGCGCAUGGACUUUUUCUACAACAGGACAAAGACGGACACAGCGGAUGAGUGGACAGGACCGCAGCUCAUCGGCGUUCUGUGCUUUGGCACCUUCUUCUGCAUCUUCAUUUUUAUCUCAAAUUCCUUGGUCAUAGCAGCUGUGGUGAAGAACAAGAGGUUUCACUUUCCCUUUUACUAUCUUCUGGCCAACCUAGCAGCUGCAGACUUUUUUGCUGGAAUCGCCUACGUGUUCUUGAUGUUCAACACGGGCCCGGUGUCAAAGACGCUGACAGUCAACCGCUGGUUCCUGCGCCAGGGUCUGCUGGACACCAGCCUGACGGCGUCCCUGGUGAACCUCCUGGUCAUCGCCGUGGAGCGCCACAUGUCCAUCAUGCGCAUGAAGAUCCACAGCAACCUCACCAAGAAGAGGGUCACCUUCCUAAUCAUAUCCAUCUGGGCCAUUGCUAUUUUCAUGGGCGCCGUUCCGACCCUGGGGUGGAACUGCCUCUGUGACAUUACUGUCUGCUCAUCCCUGGCACCCAUUUACAGCAGAAGUUACCUGGUGUUCUGGAGUGUCUUAAACCUGGUUGUCUUCUUCAUUAUGGUGGUGGUUUACAUAAGAAUCUACAUGUACGUCCAGAGGAAAACCAACGUCUUGUCCUCACACACCAGCGGGUCCAUCAGCCGGAGGAGAACCCCUGUGAAGCUGAUGAAGACUGUCAUGACUGUCUUAGGUGCCUUUGUUGUCUGCUGGACCCCUGGCCUGGUCGUCUUGUUGCUUGAUGGACUGAACUGUACUGACUGUGGGAUUCAGCAUGUUAAAAGGUGGUUUCUUCUCCUGGCCCUGUUGAACUCUGUGAUGAAUCCAAUAAUUUAUUCAUACAAAGAUGAUGAGAUGUGGGCUACCAUGAAAAGGAUGAUUUGCUGCUCCUCUGAGGAUAGGAGCCAGGAGAGACGCUCAUCCCGGAUCCCCUCGACAGUUCUCUGCAGGAGCACGGAUAUUUCGGGCCACUACAUUGAAGAUGGCAUUAUUCAAGGGACAAUUUGUGGAAAAGGAGAUCUUGGUGACAAAGGAAACUCCUGA